AUGCAUUUAAAAACAAUUUUUCUUGCUUUUCUUGUUUAUACCGCAUCGAUUGUAUUCACAGUUGAUAGCCUUGCUGUAAUGUCAGUCGAUCUUGGUACAGAAUUUAUGAAAAUUGCUAUUGUUAAACCAGGUGUACCUAUGGAAAUUGUUUUAAAUAAAGAAAGCCGUCGAAAAACACCAGUUAUUAUUGCUAUUAAAAGUAAAGAUCGUGAAUUUGGUGAAGCUGCUGUAUCUCGAUCAAAUAAAAUUCCAGCACAAUCUUAUAUGUAUUUACGUGAAUUAGUUGGAAAAUCAUUGAAUAAUCCAAUAAUUGAACAAUACUUAAAACGAUUUCCAUAUUAUAAAUUAAAAACAGAUGGACAUACAGGUCAACUAGUUUUUGAACAUGACAGUGAAACAAAUUAUACAAUUGAAGAGCUUCUCGCAAUGAUAUUAAAAAAAGCUCGUGAAUAUGCAACGGAUUUCGCUGAACAAGCAGUUGAUGCUGCCGUUAUAACUGUUCCACCAUAUUUUACACAAUCUGAACGACGUGCUGUUAAACGUGCAUGUGAAUUAGCUAAUAUUAAAUUACUUCAAUUAAUGAACGAUAAUACAGCUGUUGCACUUAAUUAUGGUAUAUUUCGUCGUAAAGAUUUUAAUUCAACUGGUUCAACUUAUUUAUUUUAUGAUAUGGGUUCACAAUCAACAAUAUGUACAAUAGCAACAUUUAAUUUAGUUAAAACAAAAGAACAUGGUUAUGUUGAAGAAAUACCACAAUUAACAAUAAAAUCAGUUGCAUUUGAUCGUGAUUUAGGUGGUUUAGAAUUUCAAAUACGUUUACGUGAUCAUUUAGUAAAAAAAUUUCAUGACAAACAUCCAAAAAUAGAUUUAUAUCAAAAUCCAAAAGCUUUAACAAAAUUAUUUCGUGAAGCUGAAAGAGCUAAACAUGUUUUAAGUGCUAAUGUGGAAUAUACAGCACAGGUUGAAGGUUUAAUUGAUGAAAUUGAUUUUAAACAUCAAUUAACACGUGAUGAAUUUGAAAAUUUAUGUACAGAUCUUUUUGAACGUAUUAAAAAACCUGUUGAAGAAGUUCUUAGUACAAGUGGAAUUAGAUUGGAUGAAAUCCAACAAGUGCUUUUAUUUGGUGGCACAACACGUAUUCCACGUAUUCAAAAUGAAUUAACUAAAGUUCUCGGCGGAAUAGAACUUGGUAAAAGUUUAAAUACAGAUGAAGCUGCUGCAAUGGGUGCAGUUUAUCAAGCUGCAACACUUUCAAAAGGUUAUCGUGUUAAAAAAUUUCUUGUUAAAGAUGCAAAUCAAUAUCCAAUAAAUGUCAAAUUUGAACGACAAAAUGAAGAUUCUGAACAGAAAAUGCUUGAUCGAACAUUAUUUGAUCGUAAUAAUCUUUAUCCAAGUCGUAAAUUAAUAACAUUUACUAAACAUAUUGAUGAUUUUUCAUUUGAUAUUUAUUAUGGAAAUUUAACAUAUCUUUCACCAAUUGAUAAACGUGCACUUGGUCAAACAGAAUUAUCACGACUACAUAUUACUGGUGUUCGUACAGCAUAUAAUAAACAUAAAGAUACAAGUGAAUCCAAAGGUAUUAAAGCACAUUUUCAAUUAGAUGAAAAUUGUCUUCUUGUUCUUGAUCGGAUUGAAUUUGCUUUUGAAAAAAAAGAAAAUGAAUCAGAUAAAAAUGAUGAUAAACCUAAAGAAGAAAAAUCAACAUUAUCAAAAAUAGGCAGAAAAAUUUCAAGUUUUUUCUCAUCAAAAGAUUCUAAUGACGAAACAAAUAAUACAGAUGAAAAUAUACCAACUGAUAAUACAAAAACAACUACUGAUGAGCCAUCAACAAAACCUGUUGAUAAUAAUGAAUCAAAUAAUGCAACGAAUGAUACACCAACAACAACAGCAUUACCUCCAAUAACACCCAAGCCGAGUAUUAUUCGUGAACCAUUAAAAUUUCAAAUUGAAUCACUUGAUUAUCCUGAUCCAUCAUCAGAGGCACAAGCUAAUUCAAUGAAAAAAUUAUCUGAUUUGGAUGAUCAUGAUCGUGAAUUGUUAGCUUUAGCAACUACUAAAAAUAAUCUCGAAACAUUCAUUUAUGAUAUGCGUGAUAAACUUGAAAAUGAUGCCAAAUAUAAAAAAGCAUCAACAACAGAUGAACAAACAAAAAUAAAUAACAAAUUAACAGAAACUGAUACAUGGUUAUGGGAUGAUGGUAUUAAUGCUGAUGUUAAAACAUUAAAAUCAAAAUUAGAUGAAUUAAAAGCUUUAACAAAAUCUUUAAAAAUACGUGUACGUGAAGUUGAUUUACGUCCAAAAAAACUUAAAGAACUUAAAGAUACACUCAAUAUAACUGAGCAUUUUCUUCAAGCAACACGUAAUAUAUUUGAAAAAACUGAUAAUGAUGAAAAACCAUUUACCGAAGGAGAAAUUAAACACUUAGAUAAACUUAUUAAAGAUACAUAUAUUUGGCGUGAUCAAGUAUUAAUCGAAUUUUCAAAAUUAUCACCAACUGAUACACCUAAAUAUUUAUCAACUGAUUUCGAUGAAAAAAUUAAUGUACUUAAACGUGAAACAAAUUACUUACUUAGUAAAGCUCAACGAUUUGUUCCGAAACCAAAGACAACAACAACAGCGAAAGUACCGACUAAUAAUGAGAACAAAGUAGAAGAUGAUAAAUCAUCAACUUCUGAACCAGAAGAUACUAAAACGACGACAGUAUCAACUGAAGGUAUUAAAUAG